AUGUUAACUAGAGAGAAAUACCAAGCCCUCGUACAGGAUGAGGAGAGCUCUCCUAGGGAUGGCGACUCUCGCACUAAACUUGCAAGGAAGUAUGCGUUGACGGCAGUACUGGGAUUUUGCCUUCUUGUUUCGGUAGCUCUCAAUGUUGAUUUACUCCACCAAACCCUGUCGGGCGAGAAGGGACGUCAAAACCUAUCAAACUGGGCACAUCUUACCCGCAACGUCACGACACCUAUAUACGCAAGCACGCAGUAUGGGCCCUCAAUCAGCACCCCAGAAGAACUCGAUCGGCUUUGGGGCGAACUAGACGUUAGCCCAGGUCUAAUUCGAAUUUCUGACAAGUGGGCUGACGCAAAUGGCCUUCCACGCUCAACAAGAUUCCCCUGGGAUAAUACUCAAGGGAUGUAUUAUCUGGGGGCCUUUCACCAAAUGCAUUGCUUGAAAGAGAUAUAUACUUUGAUAUCGUCUCAGGGGAAAGGCAUACCGUCAAAAACGUCAUACGAACACCUUCUUCACUGCAUGGACACCCUCUUACAGGACGUUAUGUGCCACGCUGAUGACACUCCUUGGUAUCAGCUUCCCCCACAGCCAUACCGUGAAAAUUACGCGAAGUUCCAGACGCGGCAAUGCAAGGACUGGCAGGCGCUUUUGAGAUGGGCUGAAGAGCGAGGCGCUUGCUUCCAGUAUGAUGUCCUGGAUGCCGAUGGCAAGCCAGUGGAGGAUAUAUUUGAGCAUUAUCGGUUCUGUCCCGAGGGUUCUCCGUAUAUCCCGGCGAUGGAAAGUUACUUUGAGAGAAAAGUUGCGAAAGCCGUCAACGGAAGUAGCUAA